AUGUCGUCUCCCAGGCCCUCUAUUACUUCCGCCCGCACGCCCACACCUACAGGCUCCCGAAGACCCUCUGUCGACAGCUUAGCCGUGAGCAUCGCAUCUACUCCCACCCACCGAGCCCCAUCUCCAUCCAUCGCACAUCGCCGUAAUAGAGCCGCACUGCGAGAUUACUAUAACCUGAGAUCAAAUCGCACCGAGCCAUCGGUUUCAAUUCAGCCAAGUGCGCGCAGCGCCCCUCGUGCUCAAGAUAGCCUUGCGCCGCAACAGGCUACCCCAAUUACCAACACUGAGCUUGACAACCCAAGUUUUGACCCGUCAGCCUAUGUUUCACACCUUUUAUCCACAUCCUCUCUUUCAACAAUUUUACGCGCUGAAAAUUCACUUGUCAGCGAUAUUAGAACUCUUGACGGUGAACGCAAAGCUUUGGUAUAUGACAACUACUCGAAGUUAAUAAAAGCAGUGGAAACCAUUGGCAAGAUGAGAACCACUUUAGAAGAAGAAGGUGCCCCAAUGAUUAUGACGAAGACCCUUGGGCCAGCGAUAGGAUUUGUUGCUGAGAUAGCUGGCACCCUGAUCAAGGAGCAGGAAGAGAUGAACAACAGAGGCAAUGACGAGGUUAGGCAAUUAAAAGACAGGAAAAGCCCAGAUAAACAAACUGUGAGAUGGGUAUUGGAUACACCAAGGCGUCUCCGAGUCUUAUUAGAAGAGGAUAAAACCGACGAUGCAGAGAGAGACUGGGAGGAGAUAAAGCAGCUGCUAGCCAAGUGGGAACGUGUGAAAGGCGUUGAAGAGUUGAAGCGAGAAUGCGAAGCCAUUUUAAAACAGGAGAGGUAG